AUUCCUUAUAUAUGUAUGUUUUCCCCGAUCCCGAUCAAGCGACAACCCGAUGAAUCCGCUUCCGUAGUUUCGCUUCUGAACUCCCCCAGAAAAGUUAUGGGUGGCCAAGUAUUAGUCACGCUCGAGUAGCGCGCUCAUAUCUGAAAUCAUUAUACCGCCAUUAUCAUUACCGCAGUGCUCAAUGUCCAGUAAGGUGGCCCGAUUUAAUUGAAAGUGAUUCAGGGACAGGCGAAAGUGAUCUUUGGAAACCUUAAAAUUAUUAAAAACGCUCCGCACAAAAAACGCACAAAAUCAGUAACAAUCAGUGUUAAAUCGCUUUCCCAAUAGAACGAAAUAUCGCUAACUAUAUACACAUUAAGCAGUAAACCGAACGGACGUAAAUCAAUCGCAAUGUACGAGCUUCAUAAUUGCCUAAGAUCCGUUUUCUUUGCCACACUCAUUCCCGGAACGAUCCUACUUAGUUGGCUAACUGGUCUGGUUGGAUUCCGAUCUCUGCAAGCGUGUCUACUGAUCUUCUUCCUUAUCUUUGUGGUUCUGCCGCUAAUUUUUCGGUACUCGGUGACGCUCCAACGCGGAAUCCUGUUCCUCACAUUCAUUAAGUACCCCAAAGGACUUGAUCUCACCAAGCCGGAGAGCGUAGGACUGUACGCAACUCGAAACUUCUACAUCACCGUCAAGGAUCACGAUCAGGACGAGGAUGGUGUGCGGGUUGGUGUUUGGCAUGUUCUCCCCAGCAAUGCAGUGCGUCGCUUUAAGCGCGAACUACGCGUUGAGGAGGAAGUAGAUCAUGACCUGGAUCAGCACCUGGAACCCGCACCUGGCAACGAACAGGAGCUGAAAGAGUUGGCGCCGGCCAUUCGGUCUGAAUUUCCCGCUGUGGUGCCCGAAAACGAGCAGCUCUUCUACGAGCGAUUAUUGCGGAUGCCAGGUGGCACAGUGGUGCUGUAUCUGCACGGGAACACAGCCAGUCGAGGCAGUGGCCACCGAUCGGAGGUGUACAAACUGCUGAGGAAGCUCAACUACCACGUGUUUUCCUUCGAUUACAGAGGCUAUGGGGACUCCGAUCCUGUGCCACCCACGGAGGAAGGCAUUGUGCGCGAUGCCAUGAUGGUGUUUGAAUAUAUAGCCAACACCACAUCGAAUCCGGUAGUGGUAUGGGGUCAUUCCCUGGGCACCGGAGUGGCCACGCAUCUGUGUGCUAAACUAGCCAGUUUAAGGGAGAGGGCUCCUCGGGGAGUUAUCCUCGAAAGCCCAUUCACAAAUAUCAGGGAUGAGAUACGUCUGCAUCCCUUCGCCAAGCUCUUUAGGCACCUGCCUUGGUUCGAUUUCACCAUCUCAAGGCCGAUGUACACCAACAGGCUGAGAUUCGAGUCGGAUGUUCACGUCCAAGAGUUCCAUCAACCCAUCAUGAUCAUCCAUGCGGAGGACGAUGUUGUGGUGCCGUUUCUGCUGGGCUAUCGGCUGUACAGGAUCGCUUUGGAUGGAAGAAGUCGCUCUUGGGGACCCGUGGAGUUCCAUCGAUUCGGAGCAAGCCUAAAGUAUGGACACAAAUACCUCUGCCGGGCGCCUGAGUUGCCGGGGCUCAUCCAAAGGUUUGUGGAAAGCUACCGGAAUGCCGUCUUCUAGACGCUAUCACCGGGCUUCUCCUCUAGCCCGUAUUAAUUUAUGUAUUAGACGAAUAUUCUAAUUUAGUUUUUUACCGCCAUCACUCUGACACGUUCCAAAAUUUCCGCCCUGUGCAAACAAAUUAAAGAAGUCUAAGGAACACGGAAAAAA